UUGAACAGGUUCAGUCGGGUUCUGCUGCAGGCACCGUUCUCUGCUCUCUGACCAAUCUCUCAUAUCGGAUUUAUUUGGGGAGGAAAUUUGGACAUCAGUAGCUUGUGGGGGAUAUAACACCACGGAUCCAGUGCUACGCCCAUCCUUCAGCUUAAAUCUUUUGACAGACCCUCGCAUCCCCGACCUAACUUCCCCCCCUAAAUUAUUAUUAAGCCAUGGAUAGGACGGAUCUGAUUCAGAAGGCCAAGCUGGCCGAGCAGGCUGAGCGCUACGACGACAUGGCUGAGUGCAUGAAGGAGGUGACGGAGAAGGGAGCCGAGCUGUCAAACGAGGAGAGGAACCUGCUCUCCGUCGCCUACAAAAACGUGGUCGGGGCGAGGCGGUCCGCAUGGAGGGUGCUGUCCAGCAUCGGCCUGAAGACCGAGGGCAGCGAGAAGAAGCAGCAGAUGGUCAAGGAAUAUCGGGAGAAAGUGGAGAAGGAGCUGGAAGAGAUCUGCAACUGUGUUUUGAAACUACUGGAUAACCAUUUAAUUGGAAACUCAACAAAUGCAGAGAGCAAAGUCUUCUAUCUAAAGAUGAAGGGAGACUACUAUAGAUACCUUGCUGAAGUUGCCUCUGGGGACAACAAAUCAAAGACCAUUGAAAACUCACAGCAAGCUUACCAGUCAGCGUUUGACAUCAGUACGACUGAGAUGGACCCUACACAUCCCAUUCGUUUAGGCUUGGCCCUAAACUUCUCCGUCUUCUACUAUGAAAUCCUCAACUCCCCAGAUAAAGCCUGCGAAUUGGCCAAAAAGGCAUUUGAUGAUGCCAUUGCUGAGCUCGACCAGCUACAAGAAGAUUCCUACAAAGACAGCACCCUUAUCAUGCAGCUCCUCAGAGACAACCUGACAUUAUGGACAUCAGACAAUGCACCUGAGGAGGGCGAAGGUGGUGAGGGAGAGGGCGGCGAGACCGAAAACUAAUGCUUGUACACUUUCACUGUUAUCUCCAAAAACAACAUAAAAGGAAGAAAAAAAAACUUUUUACAUAUUCAUUCAUUCAUUCAUUCAUUCAUUCAUUCAUUCAUUCAUUCCUAAAUGCUCCACUCAAACAUUCUAUCAUUGAAUCCCAUUGCUGAAUUUUGUUUCUAUUACAAUUCAGAUUUGGACACCUGAUGAAAAGAUGAACCUUCUUUGUUCAUUUUUGUCCUGGCUUUCCCAUUUGUGCAGUUUCAGCUGUAGAUGAGUGAUUUAUACCUCAACGUGAUAUCAGACCCUAGUUCAGUUUAGUAGUAGAGAAAUAGGAAGCUACAAUACUAUUGACUGUCAAAGUUUGGGUUUUGCAGUAUAAAAUAAUGGAUAUUAAAAAAAAAAAAAAAAUCAAAACGAUUUUCCCCUAAUUUUUUUUAUGCUCCAUCUCUACGCAGUUGUGAUAUUGUUACAGCGUUUGACGCUUAAGUUCCAACAUGUGUAAUUUUCAUACUGAAGUGAAUGCACCAAAUGCUACAACACAGUGAAGUUGUACCCAUCAAAUCUGCACUUUCUGCCCUAGUUACCAUGCCACAUUGUCACAGAUGCAUGUCUGCCUUGAGGUGAAAUGGCAAAUCGUGUCUUAACAAAUGUUGAGACUUUUUUUUUUUUUUAAAGUAGGAAGAAAACAUUUUUGUCAUGCAUGUCUUUGAGGUAUUACACUGGAAUGGGAUAGUUGCUGUAACUCACAGAUCCAUGAGUCAAGUUUAGUAAUUUUUUUUAAUUAUUAUUAUUAUUAUUAUUAAUAAUAUUAUUUUCCUUUAAAAGCAGGUCAUCUGUUAGUCUGUCCAAUGAUUUUUCUCUUGAGAUUUGGAACACUUGUUUUUGCCAUUCAUUCAUUUGUAGUCCCCCAAAGCCUUGUGAACUGUUGAAUCCUAAUGUAUCAUCUAUGUUAACAUGAAUAAAACAUUUUAUAAAUCAA